AUGGCUCGUUAUAUAUCAGAGACCUCGCAUGAUGCAGAUGUCGAGGAAUAUGCGGGGGAUCCUACGCUCCACAACGAUGGUAUUUUUAAGAAGCCCGUGGCCACUGCAGACGCCCUAGACAUUGCCCUUGGCGAAAGCAGCAAUGUUGAGUAUACCAUCGAAUCGGACAAUUCUCCUUACCUGGAAGUGCGAGCCAAUGUGCCGAACACGGAUGACCCUACUUUGCCCGUCAACACAUUUCGAAUGUGGUUUCUGGGAGUUGUCUUCACGCUCCUUGGCACAGGCGUCAAUCAGUUCUUUUCUAUGCGGUAUCCCAGUGUGACAAUUACUUCGUUGGUGGCGCAGCUUCUUAGUUACCCUGUGGGAUGUUUCUUUGCCAAAGCCCUGCCCAUCAUGAAGGUGCGCUUGUUUGGGCGCUGGGACUUGGACAUAAACCCGGAUCACCACUUCAAUAUCAAGGAGCACGCUGUGAUUACGAUCAUGUCUAAUCUCAGCUUCAACCAGUCUUGGGCAAGUGCUAUCAUUCAGGCACAAAAGGUGUAUCUCAAGAUGUCAACGCCUGUAGGAUAUCAGAUCCUGCUAUCUCUGUCAAUGCAGUUGUUUGGUCUUGGGCUUGCUGGCUUGUCAUACAGAUACAUCAUCGAGCCGCCUCAGAUGACGGCUGGAAGAUCUCGCGAUAUCGGUUCUUCCUGUUCGUUUGCAUUGGAAGCUUCUGCUGGUAUUGGUUCCCUGGCUAUAUUUUUACUGGUCUCAGUACUUUUGCCUUCAUUUGCUGGGCAGCUCCUAGUCGUCAACAACCUCUUUGGUAUGACCACGGGUCUGGGAUAUAUGCCCACGACGUUCGAUUGGAGCCAGAUUGCGUAUAACACAUCACCCUUGACCAUCCCGUACUGGGCACAGGCCAAUGUCUUUGCCGGCUGGUUUUUGAUAUAUGCUGUGGCGGCCCCAAUCCUUUACUAUACCAACACGUGGUACACAGCAUAUCUCCCACUCACAAGCUCCGAUGCAUAUGACAAUACGGGAAGUGUCUACGACUCGAGUCGCAUCUUGAACAGCGAAGGAGUCUUCGAUGAGGACAAGUAUAAAGCGUAUAGCCCCCUUUUCUUGCCGGUAACCUUCUCCUUGAGUUACGGAGUAGGAUUUGCAGUCCUGACUUGUUUGAUUACGCACGUACUACUCUACCAUACGAAAGAUAUCAUCAAAACGUUUCGAGGGGAGAGCAAAAAAGAUAUUCACGCCAGGCUGCUUUCUCAGUAUCCUGACGUACCGUGGUGGUGGUACGGUGCCUUGACUCUAACAGUAAAGGUUAUUAUCGUUGCGCUUGCGAUCAUGACACAGUAUGUCUGGCAUACGGGGCUUCCGUUCUGGGGAUUGUUUAUCACGUUGGCCCUGGCUGCCAUUUAUGUCAUCCCAGUUGGAACAGUAUAUGCUGUGGCAAACCUUAACAGCAACUGUCUGACCGUUCUGGGAGAGAUCGUAUCCGGCUAUCUGCUGAAAGGGAAGCCGCUCGUUCUUUUGAUAUUCAAGUUUUAUGCAUACACUGGGCUAAGUCAAGCCAUGUAUUACGGCGCAGACAUGAAGCUUGGAAUGUACAUGAAGAUUCCUCGACGGACUCUGUUCGUUGCCCAGCUGAUUGCCUGCAUCCUGGGGACAUUGACGCAGAACGGGGUCCUGCUCUGGAUGCUUGGAAAUGUGCAAGACGUGUGCUCGGAUGACCAAUCGGACAACUUUACUUGCCCGCAGGGUCGGGUCAACUAUAAUAGUGCCGUUCUUUGGGGAGCUAUUGGACCCACCAGGCUAUACAAUAUCGGAAAGAUAUAUUCCGGUCUUCUGCACUUUUUCUGGAUCGGAGCGUUGCUUCCUAUUAUCACCUUUGCCUUGCGCAAGAAAUUCCCGAAGUCCCGGUUCCUGGAUGCCAUCCACUGGCCGAUUUUCUUCGCUGGCACGGGCAACUUGCCUCCUGCUACGGGUAUCAACUACUCCACAGCGUUUGUAGUCAGUCUUAUUUUCAACAAGAUCAUCAAAGGUCGCAAGCCGCACUGGUGGGCUAAGUACAACUACGUGCUGUCUGCAGCACUGGAUUCAGGGGUUGCCGUCGGAGCCAUAGUGAUCUUCUUCGCGCUGACAUUCCCGGGAAUUACCUUCAACUGGUGGGGUAACACGGUCAAUAGUGGGACGGUGGAUAGCAAGGGCACGCCGUGGCUGGAGCUGAAGGGAAAUCAGACCUUUGGACCGGCGACAUGGUCUUGA